AUGAAGACCACCUCAGCUGUCGCCGCGGCUUUGUUCGCGCUGCGUGCCUUCGCGACCGACCCCCUCACUGCCGACAAGGCGGAGGCUGACAUCCUGACCAAGGAGCUCGAGCGAAACCUCUGGAACCUGAACAAGAUCGCCCGCGACAACGGUGGAAACCGUGCCUUCGGCCUUCCUGGCUACAAGGCCUCGUCCGACUACGUCCUCGAGCGCGUCCAAACCCGCUUCGCCAAGCAACUCGACACCAAGGUCCAGUACUUCAACCACACUUUUGCUCAAACCCGGGAGCUCAAGGUCACUGGCCCCGACGGCGAGGAUGUCUACGUCGUGAGCCUCCAGUACAACCACCCCACCUCGCUUCCCGACGGCGACACCGCACCGCUCAUCAACAUUCCCGUCGAUGAUGAGAGAGGCUCUGGCUGCUUCGCCGACCAGUGGGAGGGUAUUGAUGCCACUGGAAAGCACGCUCUCGUCAAGCGCGGCGUCUGCGCCAUCUCUGACAAGCUCAAGCUUGCCAAGGCUGCCGGUGCAGUUGGUGUCAUUCUUUACAACCAGACCCCAGGCACCGACAUCAGCUCUGCUACUUUGAGCGCCGAGAACUUGGGCCUGCUGGUGCCUGUCGGUCUUAUCCCCCUCGAGAUUGCUACCGCCUGGCAAGAGCGUCUGGCGGCGGGCGAGACUCUUGAGGUCAACCUGAUCGUCGAUGCCGUCUGGGAUGAGCGUGAGACUUGGAACAUCAUUGCCGAGACCAAGGAGGGCGACCCCAACAACGUCAUCGUUCUCGGUGCCCACUUGGACAGCGUCCAGGCCGGUCCCGGUGUCAACGACGACGGCUCUGGCACCAGUGCCCUUCUUGAGAUCGCCGGCUCCUUCAAGAAGUACUCUGGCUUCAAGAACAAGGUCCGUUUCAUCUGGUGGGGUGCUGAGGAAAGCGGUCUCGUUGGAUCUCUCUACUACACCGCCCAGCUUUCCGAGGCUGAGGCCGACGCCAUCCGUUUCUACUGGAACUACGAUAUGAUCGGCUCCAUCAACCCGGUCUACAACGUCUACCUCGGAGACAACGAGGGCGAUCUGUUCGGUGCCCAGCCCAUUCACGACUACAUCGCCGCGCAGGGCAAGCCCGCUGCCUUCGGCGGCUUCGGCAGCAGCUCCGACUACGUCGGCUUCCUCCAGCUCGGAAUCCCCAGCUCCGGAAUCUUUACUGGUGCCGGUGCUCCUACCGACCCUUGCUACCACUUGGCCUGCGACACCCUCGACAACAUCAACUGGGACGCCAUCACCAUCAACACCAAGGCCGCGGCCCGUGUCGCCGCCGACUUCGCCAACGAGCUGCCCGCUGGCCUCCCCCGUCGCACCAAGACUACCCCGGCGCGCCGCAGCCGUGAGGCUAUCCGCCGCGAGUUCCAGAAGUGGGCUCUCGCGGCUGAGCAGGCGGAGCACGCCAAGAGCUGCAGCCACGGUGAUGACCACGUCGUCUAG